UUUAUGCCGUCGUCUUUGGUGCUCAUCUCGUCCAAACUUACGCGAUAUUUACGUGAUUCCAGACGUCGUACAGACCACUAAACACCAUAGACACACAGAGAUGGCGGAGUUCACACGUGUGCCUCCCGUUAAAGAGCUUCAUGCGGAACAAACUGCGAACGAGACGCACAUCAAAGAGGAGGAGACAGGAGACAUUGGAUGGCAACAGGAUGGGCAAAAGAACGUGCUGUUUCAGGAAACGUACAGUGAGGACCAGGAAACCUACGACUACUUCGGUGCAACCCAACCAACCGGACAUCCUUGGAACGAGACUUACAACAUUUGGGAGCAGACAACAGACACGAGACGGCAGCAGGACGAGAAAAGGGACGAAACGUGCAGUGUAAAAGCAGAAAUGGAAGAGUCCAGCUGUGAGGUUUCUACUGGAGACCUGUGUGCUUGGCACCCUGGGAAGGAGCGUGCCAGUAAGGAGCCCCAGACAGCAGACAUGGGCCUGCAGCAGGAAACGUGUGAUGUGAACUUUCCCCAACCUGACAACACAUCAAUCUCACAGGUACAGGAGAGCAGGGAGACCCAGACAGCAGACAUGGGCCUGCAGCAGGAAACGUGUGAUGUGAACUUUCCCCAACCUGACAACACAUCAACCUCACUGGUACAGGAGAGCAGAGGCAAUGUGGGAAGGCAUGUGGUAAAACGCGCUGGUGAAAAACCCUACAUGUGUGGAGAAUGUGGGUACAAAACAGCUCGAAAGUACCAUUUAUCCCUACAUAUGAAUACCCAUACAGGAGAGAAACCCUACAAGUGUGGGGAGUGUGAGCACAGGGCAGCUCAAAAGUCCGACUUAUCCAGACACAUGAGAACCCAUACAAAAGAUCGACCCUACAAGUGUGACCAGUGCGACUAUUCUGCAGCACAAAAAUUUGACUUAUCCAAACAUAUGAGAACUCACACAGGAGAUAAACCCUACAAGUGUGACCAGUGUGACUAUUCCGCCGCACGGAAAUCAAGUUUGGACCAACAUCUAGCAAAUCACACCGGUGAGAAACCCUACAUGUGUGGGGAGUGUGAAUACAGGACAGCUAAGAAGUCCCACUUAUCUCGACAUAUGAAAACCCAUACUGGAGAGAGACCCUACAAGUGUGACCAGUGCGACUAUUCUGCUUGUGGGUACAGGGUGGCUCAAAAUUCUGACUUAUCCCGACAUAUGAGAAGUCAUACGGGAGAAAAACCUUAG